CCUCACCCCCUUCUCUCUAACUACUCUUCACUUUGACUCUCAACAAACAAAACAAACAAGUUCCAGCCAGAAAACACAAUAUCUCUCUCUCAAGCUCUCUCUCUCUCUCUCUGCCUUUCUGUACUUUUCAUCAGUUUUUAGCUUAGAAAAAAGAUAAGGCAUUAAUACUUUGCAGUGUUUCCCUUUUUCCCUCUCUAUGACUGCUCUGAUCUCUCUGUUAGUAUCCUGGAUCAAGCCAGCACCGACACGUAUUGCUCUGUGUUAAAAGAGGCUUAAGGUGCUGUUAAUGAUAUCUUAUUGUUCUGCAUUUCCACUGAACUGGAGCGGCCAGUGUCUUUGAAUUAAGUGAAAGCAUGCAACUGUAGAAGCACACCAGAGCCUUCUUGUUGAGAGAUAGAAAAGGUGAAGUGGAAAUAUGUGUGGCCUACUCUGCAUUUGAGAUAAGGCUUGGCAUCCAAAUAAACUAUUUGGUCUAUGGAAGACAACUUAAGGCUGGAAAAGAAUUUCAGGAAUGAUCAAUCAUUAGGUACUGCUGAGAAGACUGUAAUAUCCCAAGCAAGGCAAAGUGUGAAUGUGCAAGAGAAGCUGAAAUUAGCAAAGCCUAAUUCGUCACAUACUGAUAUCCAUCAUGAAAUUACAAAAAACGUAGAUCAUCUGUCUUCUAAGCCUUGGAGAAAUAUUCUGAAGCAACACAGGACAGCAAUUGAGGAAGAGGAGCUUGUCAAGUACAUGUCCAAAUUGCCAAGCUAUCUGGAACGGGGACAAACCCGCCAAGACAAAGUUUUAAAUGUCGGGGUCCUUGACUGGGGCCGGCUAGAAAAGUGGCAGUGCAGCCAGAAACAGAUGCCAGCCAGAAAUAGCAGGCAUUCACUUUCAAGCUGCGGCUCAUCCUCCCCCUUCUCAACAGAAGGAUCAUCUGUCUAUUCCAGCGGAGGUCAGAGUUGCUCUCCUGGUCGUCAAAGGACACAUCGCCCUUCACUACAAUUUCAUCUGAUGUCAUCUCCCAACAAAGGCAGUUCUCCUGUCAAAUCACUCAAAGAAAGCAUUGGAAAGUUUCAGGAUGUCAAAGGUUCCCAGACUAGCACUGUGAUUGAGCAAGCAAAGUUUAUCAGAGCUGAUCAGCCGUUUCCCAAAUACCAUCCAGAAAUCAAUCUUGACCGGUGCAAGAGAAUAGAUUCAAACCCCAAGAUCAAUCCAGAAAAUGGAACUUUGCCUAAUGGGUUAGAUUAUGAAGGGCUGCAGUUCAUGAAGACGAAGACAAAGACAACCAUAAAGCCUCCAGAGGAUGAAUUUAUGAAGAGAGCAGGUAAAUUGCAAGAACAGAAGGCAUGUGUUGCAGACCAAGAUGUUGACCAAACAAAUGAAAGAUUAAUUCUUCUUAUUCCAAGAGAUUCCCCCCAAGGUUCUCAUUCCGGAGUGCCCCAUAAGUCAACAAUGAUGUUUGGUGAAAAGGAAGAAGAAGCAAAUCGAAAGAGCUUUUCUGAUGUGCCCGUGGAGAUUUUCUUUCCAGCAGUCCAUUCUGAUGUCCCACAUUCAUGCCCACUUCCAUAUGAAAUUGGCAGACCCUUGGAGAAAAAAUGGCACUCAGGUGAAAUGAAGAAUCUCAGUUUUUUGUCAGAUUCUUCUCAAUCAGUGCCUCAACAAGCCAAAAUAGGAAUGAGUACAUCCCGUGAUACAAUUUCCAAAGUAAAGAAACCAACUGUAAUGCUGAGUGAUUCAAGUUCAAAAGAGCCUUGUGUGGCAGAUCAGAAAAUGAACAGAUUAGCUUCUGAAAAAGUAAGAAGCACAUCACCAUUUCGCAGACUUAGCAUUGGUAUGAGCAAGAUAAGCAAAAGUUUCAGCUCCAAAGAGGGUUCGUCUAAACCACAAUUUAGCUCAACUUAUAAUUCUGCACAAUCUGGUUCAGAGAGUGCUAUGGCUUCCAUGCGCCAGGGAAAUCAAAGUAGUGAUGCACAAAAUGCUUCAAGCAGAGCACGGUCAAGCCCUUUGAGAAGGUUACUGGAGCCAAUGCUGAAGCCAAGGGCAGCAAACUUCCAUCACUCAGGAGAGAAAUUGCAGAGAGGUUCUAAAUCAACAGAUACAGUCUGCAAAUCAUUAAAUAUUCAGUUAGAUUGUAUGCCUGGAACUGCACAGAUUGAGGUAGUAAAAUCCGAUACCACCACUCCUGGCAAAAUCAGUGUCAGUGAUUCAUUCAAGGACAAGAAGUACACAUCGUCCCCAUUUCAAGCCCUUCUCCGAGUUGCAGUUAAGAAUGGCCAACCUAUGUUCACGUUUGCAGUUGACAAUGAACGUGACCUUCUUGCAGCCACAAUUAAGAAAUUGAGUGCAUCGAGGGAGGAUGACUACAGCUGCAUUUACACAUUCUUUGCCAUUCAUGAAGUCAAGAAAAGGAAUGGGAGGUGGACAAAUCAAGGUGGCAAGGGCAAAGGUCACGAUUAUAUACCUAAUGUUGUUGCCCAGUUGAAGGUUUCUGGUUCUCAGUUUUCCAAUUUGACUAGACAAAACUACAUGGCACAAUCUUUCGCGAGGGAGUUUGUUUUGUUUGCUAUGGAACCGCAUCAGGCAGAGCAACAAACCUUAGAUUUUCAGCCUAACGAUGAACUUGCUGCCAUUGUUGUCAAGAUUCCUGAAGUAAUCAAUAGAAGUACAAUCAGAGAUGGCAAUCAGACUAAUAAGUGCAAUAAUUAUUCAGAGGCAAGAUGUAAUUCUACCUCGGGUAAUGUACAGAAUCAGCCUGUCCUUGGCAGUCAAAGCCUUAUCAAUACUACAGUCAUACUUCCAAGUGGCAUUCACAGCCUACCAAAUAAAGGAGGACCUUCAUCGUUGCUCCAGCGUUGGAGAUCAGGUGGAUCAUGUGACUGUGGAGGUUGGGAUUUGGGUUGCAAACUAAGGAUUCUUGUCAACCACAAUCAACUUACUAAGAAAUUGAGUACAACGAAAGCCUGUUCAGCAAUCGACAAAUUUGAGCUCGUCUCUCAGGGUGGAGAAGAAAACCAGCCUGUCUUCAGCAUGGCCCCUUUCAAGGAGGGGAUCUAUUCAGUCGAGUUCAAUACAUCACUUUCAACUUUACAAGCGUUCUCUCUUUGUAUAGCAGUUCUAGAUGGUAAAAAACUAUGCGAGAUGUCAGAGUCUAGCAGCUUGUUUGAAGAAAAACCUUCUCUGGAAACAAUACAGUCGCAAAAUGAUGGUUUAAGGGCUCCAAAUGGAAGUGCAGGAGAGGUCCCUGCAAGAUAUGUCUCAUAUCCACCCCUUUCUCCGGUAGGAAGGGUCUAGUUUGAAGCCAAUCUUCCCUGUAAUUAGACACGUCCGGUAUAGAUAAAUACAUUUUCAGUCGGCUGGGUGAGCAAUGGUUGAAACUGGAUUGAAGUUUUUGCACAAGUGGUUAAAAUUAAAUGAAAAAAAUAAGCAUAUAUUAAGCAAGGCUUCUGAGAUAGUAGCAGGAAAGUAGCCUAGAAACCUGAGAACAUGCAUGGUAUUUUGGUUUAGUUUUGGCAUGGUUCUUUCGACAAGAGAACCAGUAUUAACUGUACUUAGAGCAAUACGAUCUUCAUCAUCAAUGCAAGUGUGCAUAAUAUUAUCAGUGAA